ACAUUCCACAUUUACAAUAUUAUACAUUGAUGUAUUGUUUGUAAUAUAUCCCCUUUUCAUUGGAGAUGUUAGGUGGUGGAGUAUUGCUCCGUUUUGGAGCCAAUUUGUCCCGCUAUUCGACAAGGGGAAAUCAACGUCAUUUUGUUGGCGUAAUCGGUGGAAAUGAAGUUAUUAUAUCGCCAGAUUUUACAGCUUUAAAGCAUAUGAAUGGUUCAUUUCGUUCUUUUGCGGUUGGUGUGUUCGUACGUAACAAGGAACAUUUGAAUAUUGGCACAAUCGGCCAUGUGGACCAUGGGAAGACGACAUUGACAGCUGCAUUGACAAAAAUCUGUAGCGCUGCUGGCGUAGGAGAAUAUACUCCUUAUGACGCCAUAGAUAAAGCGCCUGAAGAGCGGAAACGUGGUAUUACCAUUUGCGCUACUCACGUUGAGUACGAGACUGAGAAGAGACAUUAUGGUCAUGUUGACUGCCCAGGUCACGCAGAUUACGUGAAGAACAUGAUUUCUGGAGCAGCCCAAAUGGAUGGAGCCAUAUUGGUUGUAUCCGCUCCAGAUGGUCCUAUGCCCCAAACACGUGAGCAUAUCUUGUUGGCAAAGCAAAUUGGUGUACCAAGGUUGGUAGUAUAUCUGAACAAGCUCGAUCUUGUUGAGGAUUCCGAGCUGUUGGAAUUGGUGGAGCUUGAAAUCCGUGAAUUACUCUCAGAAUACAAGUAUGAUGGUGAUUCCACACCUAUCGUAAAAGGCUCCGCAACAAAGGCUCUUAAUGAUGAUCCAGCAUCAGUACAAUCCAUAAAGGACCUGUUAAAGGCGUGCGAUGAUUUCUUGGCCACACCGGAGAGAAAGGCUGAUUUGCCUCUUCUCAUGGCUGUUGACGAUGUUCUGUCCAUCCCUGGUAAGGGUACUGUUGCCACAGGAAGAAUCGAGCAGGGAAAGAUUAAGCCAGGUGACAAUGUUGAGAUUGUUGGGGGUAAGAAAGUUGGAAAGAAGAGUGUUUGUGUUGGCUUGGAAAUGUUCAGAAAGACAUUGAGUGAAGGUAUUGCUGGAGAUCAAGUUGGAGUUUUGCUCAAGGGUGUUAAAAAGGAUGAGAUUUUCAGAGGGUACGUAGUUUCUGCUCCAGGCAAAUACUCAUGCCACGAUUCAUUUGAAGCCGAUGUCUACAUUUUGACAUUUGAAGAGGGUGGUAGGAAGAAUGCCUUUGUUUCCAACUAUAGACCACAAGCAUUUAUAAGGACCGGUGAUAUUAGCUGCUCAGUACACCUUCCAGAAGAUGUCCAAAUGGCAGCUCCUGGAGAUAGUUUGCACUGCACAAUCAACCUAUUGCAUCCCAUGCCAAUUCACGAGGGUUUAAGAUUUGCUCUUAGGGAGGGUGGCAAAACAGUUGCCUCUGGAAUCAUUUCCAAAAUUGUUUCGUAA